AUGAUGUUAAGGACCCCAAGGAAUCUGUCUCUGCUCAUCAUGAGGCAGAAAAACAUGAGCAAGAGGAGGCUGGUGACCGACCAUAGGGGCCAAGAUAUAUCUCUGCUUUCGACGUCACCAACUCGCUCCAGACCUCGGGAUACCAGGAUCCUGGACGUCUCACUUAGCACGGUACUUUCCGACCAUGCCGAUAGGAGUACGGUAGAGAUCUCGAAGCUGCCUACGAGUGUUGAAGACCGCUUUCUGCCUAUCGAGAUGUUCCACCGACGUGGCGAGAAGGAGGACCAGAAGACCGGUACGGGCCCCGUCGCAGUGCCCGGCAGCAACGUCACCUUUAUCCUCGGUAGGAAGCUCAGAGAUGGUAGAGUCAUUGACUGCAGCCCACCAAGGGACAGACUCACUUUCACUGUCGGAGAUGAUUGCAUGGACACCGAUGCCUUCCACAUCGGAAUGAAGGGCAUGUUGGUAGGAAGGAACGUCGCAUCAUCGUCCCAGAAUGUUAUGCGUUCACCCCUGAGGAGUGGGUGGCACUUUUCGUUCAUCAAGGCCAAAGGCAACCAGGAAAACACGAUCAAAACAUCUACCAUGUCCUCGCAAGACAUCUCGCAUUCUCAGAGGGAAAUGUCUACGCAGAACAGCAUUCCGGAUCAAGACAACUUCACGCUAGCGGCAGAGAUCGCCAAUAUCUCCACAGAAAACGCGGUUGUUGCUCCGUCUGGGACGGGCUCGGUCCACGAGCGGCAUGUUAUCAAACUCACAAUCGCCUACAACGAAAUGGACCUUCUUGUUAAGUCCUUGGGUGUUUCCCACGAAGUCGCUGGUCACGCAAAAUCACUGUACAGCGCAGUCUACAGCUUCAGCGACAUUGAAGAACUCCAAUCUCAGCACAACGCCAUUGUCGCUGUGUGCGUUCAUAUUGCCUGCGGCGAGAAGAAUCAGCAACGAUCUAUGCAAGAAGUCUCCAGAUCAUCCCACGCAACGACCCAGCAAAUGCUCAUCGUGUCCGGAAAAUUGAAGGACUUCUUCGCUACCGGACCGGUACGGGGACCCCUGCUCUCCGAGGAGGACAAGCGUUUGCAAUCCGCCUAUGACACCCUCGCUAGCAUCUCGGACCCAAUUAAAAUCGAUCCGAUUGUCGUGUAUUACGCCAAACGUCUCUGCAAGGAGGUUUGCAAUUCUGGCAGCUUCAAAGACGAAGAGGAAAGCCUUACCGUUCCCUGGUGCCUAUUGAUUGCCUCCCGUCAAUUAAAAGACCCACGAUCCUUUGAGGAGAUAUUCACCAUACUUCCAGGUGCUACCAAGGCCGACAUGGGAAGAACAGGGGAGUCCCUCAAGGUGUUCUUUGCUGCAGAGGAUAGGCAGCAGACUACGGAGGCGUCACAGACACAGGGAACUUCCACGGGUGUCGGUGCAGAUGCUCGCUCCACUGGCAAAGUUGUGCGUACACUGCAGGAAUUGAUCGAACAGCUAAAUACGGAAGAAGAUUGA